GGAGCAGCUUGUCAAUUCGAAACCAAGCGAGGGAAACUGAACUCCUGCAACUGUGGCAUCAUGCCUGUCUGUGUACUGUCGGAGGGGGUGGGGCCAGGUGCCCAGGUACCAAAACACCUGACGAGGAUUCCCAUCUCGGUCAUCACCACCAGCACCGACUGCUCCAACAAAACAGUCAAGGGGAAAGUGGUUCGUAAAGGCCCGCUGGUGUGGUUAGCAUCUGACAAUGCCAUUCUGAAGACUGUCAUCCAAGAAGAAGAUUCACCGCCAGAUUCCUCGUCUCAGAACCCAUCCAUUAACGUUGUUCUGUUCGGAGCGCUGGCCAAGGACUUCAAUCAAGCCGUCAGUCAAGGGGAUGUGGUCGUGGCCUCCGGCUUCAGUGUGGGCAAAUCUCCCACAGCUAGUAGUGACAAGCUGCACCCCUGUAACCUGCUGCUGUCAGGAGACGACGCCUACAUCUAUGUGUCCCACCCGCUGCCUUCUCCUGAUCCCAGAUCCCCGCUGGCCAUCAAGAGGAGCUCAGCACUCUCCGCAGAGGUUUCCAGGACGACCAAGGCUCCAAAAUAUACAUAUGUCCGACUUUGCGACCUGAAAGCUGGAUCUGUAGUCAACGUGUACGGAGUGGUGGUCUUCUUCAAACAGCCGUUCAAGAGCCGUGGUACAGACUUCUGCUCCAGCCUGAAGAUCACAGAUCAGUCCAACCAGAAGAUCAGCUGCACCAUCUUCUGUGAGAAGCUGGAGGACCACCCCAGAAUCUUUCAAAUCGGAGACAUCGUGCGCAUGCACAGAGUCAAGACUCAGUUCUUCAACGACUCCAUCCAGCUGGUCAACACCUUUGGUUUCUCUGUGGUGGCGUUUGACGGGGCGGAGGGUGCACCCAUAGAGCCACGGACCUCCAGCCGCUCCUUCCACUUGGACCAGGACGUCCGUCGGACUGUGGAGGAGCUGCGAUCCUGGGCCGUCAGCCAGGCUUUUCUCCCGACAGUCCCCUCAAUCCCUCUGUCUGCCGUUCAGCCCAAAGCCUACUUCGACCUGACCUGCCAGCUGCUGGCCAAAGCUCCCAUCGACACCACCUGCACCCUGCUGAGGGUGUGGGACGGGACCAGGUGUCCUCACACUCUGCUGAAGGUGAUAGUUGAGCAGAACGUCACAGAGGGUCCGUCCUCCUUCUCCAAAGACAGAGAGAGCCUCAUCGCCAACGUCCUCAUCUACGACAACCAUGUGGAGUCAGCCAGGCAGCUGAAGCCCGGGGACUUCCUGAGGAUCUACAACCUGCGAGCGAUCCCAGGAUCCAGUAAGGUGCCGGGCCUCACUAGCAGCCAGUCGGAGGAGGAGGUGGAUCACCUCGCUUUUCACCUUCAUGGAGGGACGGCGUACGGCAGGGGGAUCAGGGUUCUCCCAGAAAAUAGCCCAGUCGUGCAGGAGCUUAAGAGAGUCAUGGAGGCCUUUCCAGGGGACGACAGGGACGACUUUGUUGAGCUGAAUGACUCAGAGCUGUUGGAGGUCUGGAGCACUCCACCAGAGUCUCCUGGUGUUGGUGGAGCAGUGGAGUGCAGCACAGAGAGAAGCUGCGGUCACGACACACAGCCGGUGAUGCUGUCUGAGCUGAAGCGGUCUGAUCCGGGUCGAGUUCAUCAUGUCAGAGUCCAGCUGAGAUCCUACGAGCCCCGCAGACUCCAUCAGGCUCUGAAACUGUACUGCAGCAAGUGUACAUCAAUGCAGGACGUCCCAGAUGAUGAACUGGUGGCAAGUCUCUUCUCUGAAGCGUCCAGGGACUCUGGACCCUGCAGUCCUCCACCGUGGGCGCUCUCUGGACAGGUCACUGUGCCUGGAGAUUUCCCAGGAUCCCCGAAACGAGCACUGAGUGUUCACCUGUCCACCCAGCUCAUUUCUGAGGACAAAACUAAGGACCUUAUUUACCUCAUGGGUUCGACUCUGGAGGAAACGUGUCAACUCGCAGCCGGCUACCAGAACAUCAUUCCUGUGAAGUCAUCAGGAGGUCAGCUGGCUCUGCUCGACCUGUCUGCACCUUUCCUGUUCAGAGGCAGGAAGAGAUACUACGGGUGUAAGAGGUGCUCAGACGCUGCAGUGAGGGAACCUUCAUGUGCUGAAGGAGUCGAGCUGAUGGAUGAGAAAAUCAUUGCAGAAGCUCUCGGCGUUCAGCUGCUGCAUUUCGUCCUGCUGAUGAAGCUCGAGCUGCAGGACGCCACCGACACGCUGGACGCCUUCCUGUGGAGAGACGCUGAGAGGUUCUUCAGCGUGUCGGCAGAGGACGUGGCAUCCAAUCAGGAGGCUCAGAACAGCAUCCGUCAAAUGAUGGACUCCCUCUGUCCUCCAGGGGGCAGCACUGAAGACACAUGUUGAACACAGUCCUCCCUGGAGAAGAACAACGUCUGCGUUCCACAAACCAGAGCAAGGUGGUCAGUAAAGAUCAAAUCAUGAGCGCACAGUGGUGGAGGAAGUAUUCAGAUCCUUUACUCAGGUCAGGUCAACAUCAACACACAAAAAGCACUGCACAUACAACAAAAUGAACCACAGAGAAAACAGUGUGGUCAGGUGUGUCCUCCUGAUGAUGAUUUAAAGGCUGAAGAAAAGAGAUGGGUCUUAAAACGGGUUUUAGACGUAUCAAUAGAGGAGGAAGAUCUAACUAAGUGGGAGACUGUUCCACAGUUUAGGACCAAGAACAGAAAAUGCUCCAUCGCCUUUAGUUUUUAACUGGCUCUGGGAUCUGAGGGGUCAGGAGGAGGAAUAGGGGAUGAGCAGUUCAGAGAUGUAAGCAGGUGUGUGUUCAUGCAGCGCUUUAAAAACAAAUGAAAGAAUUUACUGAACUGGUAACACAGUGAAGAGAGGCUUGUGCCAGUAAAAGUACUAAUACCACACUGAAAAUACUCCACUACAAGUUAAAGCCCUGCACUCAAAACCUUAUUAUAUUUAUUUAACUGUUUCCAUAAACUGUCUGACUGUCACGCUACUCUUUGGUACAAACAGCUGUGGACGUGAUGCAGUGGCACAGAGGAGGAGAAACUUUCCACAUGAAGGCUUUGAAAUAAUCUUCCAUCCUCUGCUUGGAAGUGGUGAAUUUACAGCUCACAGAUACUUAAUACGACACAGUCUCUGGCUUUUGUUUUGAUAUGUGGUGUCUGCAGAAAAUGUUGCACAUUUCUGAUCUGUCGUUAGCUUGUUAACUAUAUUGCAUGAUUUCCACCGUCACACUGAACGUCCUGCUGAGCCCUGUUCAAACGUUAGAGCUGUAUAUGAAAACAAACACAAAAAGAAUGGUUGAAUAUUCGUAUUAAACGGCUGGAUCUGAUCCAACUGACAUAAUCGGGUACACGCCUAAUUAUUUCAUUAGACCUUUGAAUGUUUUAGAAGCAGUCCUUUACACUUUCCAUCAUUUUUCACAUUAUCAGUAAAUAGAUUGAGUACAUUUGUUUUUGAUGUUUCAAAGGUCUUUAAGGCAGUUAAUGCAGUCAUUGGAAUAAACAAGAUUACAUUACAUAAUAUCAGCAGUGGGAUUAAAUCUUUGUGUUGUAGUAGUAAGUAGCAACGUGACACAUCAAAGAAACCAUUUACAGAAAAAGAGGAAAAACCACAUUAAUCAGAAUCUAAAAAAUCAACAAUGUAUUCACAGUACAUCACCAAUAAUAUACAUUUAUUACAUUAAAUGAGAGUGAAUCUUUCUGUAGAAAAUCAGAUGGUUGUUCUACUUUGUGUGACUGACGCUAUUAGUUUUAGUCAAAAUAUAUUCCUCUGAGCAAACUGCUCCUACAUGCUUGAUUGACAGGAGAGAUGAUCAGAGGGGCAGAGU